AUAUGCUGUACGUUCACCUUACACCACAUAAGAUAAGGCAAGCAGACACCCUUUCUGCCACUCACCGGGCACCAUACUCAAUUCAUUGACCGUACGUACGGCGCAGCACUUCGAGAAUAAUCACCAGGGCGAAAUCAUCGUUCCAUCGCCAGUCGCUGACCUCCCUGAUAUUCCGCUUUCUGGCCAAUAGACCUCUGCAAAGGGCCUACAUUAUCUCACCUCAUCUCAACCACACCCAAACUAGCAAGCAGUCCGAGGCAUUCAUCCGUCUCACAGUCUUCUUUCUUCACCAAUCCAUCCUCUCCUCUAUCAGCAAGCAAUUUGCGUGGCCCAACACUAUGACUACCGCUACUACCACGGCGACCUUCCACCCAUUUCCACGCCUCCCCACUGAGCUCCGCGCUCGUGUCUGGAAGCUGACCGUCGAGCCUCGCAUCGUCGAGGUGCGCGCGAACAACAACGUCGAGGGAUCCGAAUCAGUGGUCAAGUGGCUACCGCGGAUGCGCUACCUAUGCUCGCCUACCCCAGCCCCAGCCCAGCUGCAAACUUGCCGCGAGGCCCGCGAACACCUCACUACAUGCCCCGAUUCUGUAUAUCGAUUUGACAAGGCCUUUUCCGAGCUCGCAACGAUAUCGUCCGAGGGUGGCCCGCGGCAGGAGCGUUAUGUCUGGUUCAACUUCGACAUUGACAUGCUCUCUAUUGGGAGGACGGAUUUGCACGAAUUCAAGGCUGUAGCCUACCAGAUUCGCCGGCUACGGCUUCAGCGGUUCAUCUCAGACGAGUACUUUUCCCGCAACGAGUCGCUGUUAAUUAGCUGGUGGUUUAGGAAUGUUGCUGAGGUUCAACUAAUUUGUCUAGAUGGCAUUAGGGUGGCCUACUUGAUGACUGAAGACACAGACUUUCCCUGUGGUCCUGAGAAUGUGUAUUUUGUUGACCUAGAAGAGAUGGGUGGGACGAUGAUGAACAGUAUCGACCUGGAUGCUAUGGUGACUAGAGAGUACGAGGAACGUUAUGGGCCAGGAGAACAGGAUUGAAGGGGAAAAGUUUCAAAGGUCGUUUUGCCAGUGCUGCUGGCUGCUAUUGUAGUGGUCUUUGAUUCUCACAGCUCAAAAGGCGUGAGCAGUAGAAGAUAGAGAUGAUAUUUUUUGUUUUCUAAAA